AUGAUCAACGCUGUUGUAGCAGACGCCGUCAACAUGUCUCAGAGAGAGCGUAUUAUGGCUCGUGUCGAAGAUUCUGCCAGACAGCUCGGUAUGCAUAUUGCCGAACUCCGCGAGUAUGCCGAAGCUGCGGCGGUUGAGACAGAAGCAGCCUCAGAGGGAUCAGACGCGGCUGAGAGCGAGGUUGACUAA